AGGAAAUCCAAAAUUUUGUCACGGAAAAAAAUGUCAGCAGAGGCGUCGCAAAUCAAAAGGAGUGAAAGACAAACCCAAAUAAAUUUUGUCAUAGAUUAUAACAAUGGAAGUAAAAAACGGGACAGAUUCACCAGAUGAUAGUUCAAGACAACAGAGACAUGCCAGGCAAGGUAGUGUCACAAAUGUUGAUGGAGUAAACCAUGGCGUGAAUGACCAGAGACAAGCUGCUGCUCGGGCUAUGAGUAUGAAUCAGGGCGCAGCGGGUAGACGGGCUCCACCCUCGGCAAACUCCGGGGCAGAGGUGCAGCUGCAAAUGCAAGUGACGACGCCUUCUGGUGGGAGCGACACCUUAAAAAGCCAGUCCGGAAAAGGCCCUCGAGAAGAAAACAGUAAACUUGCCCAGCCAGAGGAAAUUCCCUUACUCCUUGGUGAAAGGAUAGAAGGCAUUGCCAAGGAUGUAACCUACCUGUGUCCCUUCACCGGCCCCAUGCGUGGCACUCUGACUAUCACCAACUACAAGCUCUACUUCAAGGGAGGAGAUAGGGUAAGUUUAGAUACUUUAGGUACUGAGUAAGCCAAGUAAGCUUCACUGGCAAUUGGCUCAAAGGUACUGUUGAUGGAGUCAUAUAUAUGGCACUCUUUCCACUAGCCCUGAACCAUAACAACUUUAAUUUUUAUCCAUGCUUGCCAAUUGUUUUUGGCAGAGAAUGGAAGACAAAAAAAGAUGAAGAAAUGCAUAUGGGCUAUUCCACGUUUACUCACGUUACAUUUGGAGACACCUUGACUCAUACUUGGAGCUAUAACUCCAUUAUUAUUGAUAGGAACUAAACAUCUCUUUAUCACAACAAAGUACACAGUCUGACUAUCCUUUGUAUAAAAACAAAACUUGGGAAAUUUUAUUAUGCUCCUGGCAAAUCUUUGGAAUGUGUCGGUUACUCACGUUACAUGAUUUGGACAUGCAUAAAAUGAAAAGUCGACAUAAGUGAAAAGUCUCCUCAUACAAGGCUUUUAUGAAAGUUGAUUAUAUCUAUUUCAAAGAAGUAUAUUAGGGAGACAAACUUUGUACAU